ACGCGUUGCGUUGUAUUGCGUUGCGUUGCGUCGCGUGACGCGUCGCAGCAGAAUCAGAUCUCAGCGGAUAGGACUAGGAGCACAAUUCGGACAUCAGGCAGCAGAUUCGGAUCAGAUCAUGUUUGCUCAUCUGUUCGCGUCUGUGCUGAUAGCAUAUCCGGGUUCAGAUAACUUUAUCAUAUAAUAUCAUUCAGCUGUGCUUGCGUUCCUGUAGAUGCAGCGUCUCCGCAGGGAAGCUUUUGAUCAGUGAAGCUAUCAGUGGCAAAUUACACCCUACCAAAGCAAACAUGGCCUCUGGUAUCAACUAUCAGGAUGGCCCAGAUUAUUCUGGAAGAGACGAGAGCCCCACUGAAGAUGAGCCCAUCCGCUCGCCUGGUUCCCCUCGGCAGACGGAAUAUGAACGGAUCGGAGGAAGAACAGGAUCCUCUUUUUUUCAGACCAUAAUUCAUUUACUAAAAGGAAAUAUUGGCACGGGACUGCUCGGAUUGCCUCUGGCUGUCAAGAAUGCAGGACUCGUGGUGGGGCCUUUAAGUCUUCUGGCCAUGGGAAUAGUGGCUAUACAUUGCAUGAACCUCCUUGUGAAAUGUGCACAUCAUCUAAGUGUAAAGAUGGGCAAGCCCUUUCUUUCCUAUGGAGAUGCAGUGGAGCAUGGCAUGGAGAACGUGCCAUGGCUGAGCAGACACUCUGUGUGGGGAAGGCGUGUGGUAAAUAUGUUCCUCAACUUAACCCAGCUGGGCUUCUGCUGCGUGUACUUUGUGUUCCUUAGUGACAAUGUCAAACAGGUGGUUGAGACUGCCAAUGCGACAACAGUGAACUGUCACAACAACGAGACAGCAGUGACUGUCCCCAGCUACGACUCUCGCCUCUACAUGCUCUUCUUCCUUCCCUUCAUCAUCGUGUUGGUGUUUAUCCGCAACCUCAAGUACUUGGCUCCUCUGUCGUUUGUAGCAAACAUUUCCAUGUGUGUCAGCCUGGUCCUCAUAUACUACUACUGUCUGACGAAUAUUCCAUACCCCAUCAACCUCCCGCUGGCCGGACGGGCAGUUGACUAUCCUCUCUUCUUUGGAACGGCAAUAUUCGCCUUUGAGGGAAUUGGAGUUGUGCUACCACUUGAGAAUAAGAUGCAGAAUCCCAGAAAGUUCCCCAUGGUUCUGUACCUUGGCAUGGGCAUCGUCACCACCCUCUACAUCUCCCUGGGCACCAUCGGCUACAUUGGCUUUGGAGAGCAAAUUCGGGGCAGCAUCACGUUAAACUUACCAUUGUGCUGGCUAUAUCAGGUCGUGAAGCUGCUUUACUCUUUCGGGAUCUACAUCACCUACGCUCUGCAGUUCUACGUGUCAGCAGAAAUCCUGAUCCCGCCGGCGGUGGCGCGCUGCGGUCCCAGGUGGGCGGUGAUGGUGGACCUCAGCAUCCGCGUGGCUCUUGUAGGCCUCACAUGUGUUCUCGCUAUAUUGAUCCCGGAGCUUGACCUCGUCAUCUCUCUGGUGGGCUCCGUGAGUAGCAGCGCUCUGGCCCUCAUCAUUCCUCCCCUGCUUCAGAUCAUCACCUUCCAUAAUGAAGACAUGAAGCUCUGGGUGAUGGUCAAGGACAUCGGCAUCAGCCUCAUUGGCCUUGUGGGCUUUGUGGCGGGGACGUACAUCUCCAUCCAGGAGAUUGUUGCACGGAACGGCAGCAGACACAACAGCACGCACCUUCAGCUCCUGUGAAUGUUGACCGAGCGACAGAUUAAAAUGAGGUCGUACAGACCCACUGAAUCAUUUACUCACUACAGGCUCCUUUGAUUUCUGCUGUAUUCCUCUUGGGAUUCUUCGUACUGAAUGUCCAUAGAUGGCUCAUGGAUUUUUGAUGUGCUUUUGUCUUUCAGUUUUUGCAGCACUGAAGUCUCAUUGUAUCGACUUUCCCAAGUUAUUGGUUUUAAAGUCUGUUUUAAAAUCUUUUGGGUAAAACAUAGACAAAUUUAAAGCUGAAAGUGAUUCGAAUAAUCUCUGUAUUGUUUAUCGAUGUUGUUUACAGUGUUUAAAUGAACCGGUUCUCAUUAAGUAUUUUUUUUGUCACAUUCAUUUUUUUAUUUAUUUAAUGGUUCAUACGUACUGUUUACUCAUUCAGCCUUAUCAACCGUCUUAUUAAAAAAAAAAGAUUCCAUCUGUUUAAUCUAGCAGAGCAAUCUGUUGAUAUAAAAUUAGAUUUUUUUUCCCCCAACUAUUUUACAUAUGACCUGAUCUCAAUCAAGUUAUGCAGUAUGUAAUAGUUUUAAAACAAGCUUUAGAUCUCAUGAUGUUUAGCACCCAAAUGACUUAAAGUUCAGACAAACCAAUGGGAGGGUUUUAACUGCAAGUAUGUUGAGUAACUUUAAUUUUAAAACUUAACACCAGUACGGUUGUGUUAAAUGCUUUUUACUGAGGUACUUGAAUUGUUUUACAGAUGUUUUGCUUCAUAUCAAUCUGCUCUAUAUAUGUUAACGGCAGUGCCAAAGUUGUUGUUGUUUUUUUGAUAAUUUACUGUACACUUAGUUGCACUCAUAUCCAGCUGUUUGCAUUGGUAUUUGUUUUGGAUUUGGGUUUCAUUUUUGCCUUAUUGUACAUAUACUGUAAGUAUUUUGACCAUGCUCACCUUGUUGAAAAUGAACAUAUUUAAAAUGUUUAAACUUGGUGAAAUUAUGUAAAAAUUAUAUAUAUAUAUAUAUACAGUAUACAAAAAAAAGGACAGACAUCAUAUUACUAGUUCAUUUAGGUUGAUUAUCAACAUGAGAGUGUCAUGGUCCACUAGUUAAGUUAAAUCUGCUGGCUGGUUAUGUGCUCUGUGGUUGAAUUAAAGAACGGAUAGCCUGCCUUGACGUU